CGCAGCGCCCAGACUAAUUGAAGCAUCAACUAUGCUGACCAAACAACCUCAUUAUCGGAGGCAAUACCUGGCCGCUGUGAUUGCUGCCUUGGGAGCGUUUUCGAUUGGCACCGCUUUCGGAUGGAGUGCCCCGGUGGAGCUCGGAUUGCUGGAUCGCGCGGAGGCUGGAUUCGAAAUAGAAGAAUCUCAAUUUGCCUGGGUGGUUUCGCUGAUGAGUCUGGGAGGUGCAAUCAUAAGCCUACCUGCCGGACUGCUUGUACCGAGAUUGGGUGCCAGGAAUACAUUAUUGUUGUUUAUUCUGCCAACCGUGAUCGGUUGGAUUUGCAUCAUAUGGGCCAGUAAUGUAGCAAUGCUGUUGGCAGGUCGCGCCCUGACCGGCUUUGGAGCCGGCGCCUUCUGCAUGGUCGUUCCCAUCUACAUAGGAGAGACUGCUUCGAAAGAGAUCCGAGGAACUGUGGGAAGCUUCUUUCAGCAGAUGAUAAAUUUGGGAAUCGUUUUCACGUACGCGCUAGGUUUGGAUAUGAAUGUGUUUUGGCUCAGUGUUGCCUGUGGACUCGUACCGAUUCUGUAUGGUGUACUGUUUUUCUUUAUGCCAAACACACCGACAUUUCUGGUGCACCGGAAGCAAGAAUCAAAAGCUAUCGAUGCAAUCAAAUGGUUGCGCGGAUCUAACUUUGACACUACUUUCGAAAUCGAUGAAAUACGCAGCCAGCAGCAUCAGAUAGCCACAACCGAUGUUGCCCGAGGAAAACGAUCCAGCUGGAAAAUGUUCCGUCAGCCGGCUACGAUUCGUGCACUAAUUGUCAUGCUGGGUGUCAUGUUCUUUAUGCAGGCUUCUGGUGUGAACGCGGUGCUGUUUUACUCGACAUCAAUAUUCCAGGCAGCCAACGUCGCAGUUGACCCGGAACUGGCUACUAUUAUUAUCGGGUGCAUACAAGUCUUCGGAACGCUGUUGUCCUCACUGGUGGUGGACCGACUGGGUCGACGAGUGCUCCUACUGACAUCGGGCGGCGCCAUGUGCAUCAGCGUGCUUACAUUGGGAGUUUACUUUAUGCUGCUUUCCGAUGACCCAGGAAACCAGGUGUCGGCCGCUGCCAACCCCACCGGGUGGAUUCCCCUCGUGGCGCUCUGUUUCUACGUAGCCGUCUUCUCCGUUGGGUUCGGCCCAGUGCCGUGGCUACUGCUAGGUGAAAUAUUCGCUGCGGAGGUGAAGGGACCAGCCAGCGCUUUGGCAAACAUGACAAGCUUUGGGAUGUCGUUCAUCCUGUCGCUGGUGUUCCCGCUGGCACGGCAGUCCAUUGGCAGUGGACCCUUAUUUUUAAUUUUCUCCGCCUUUUGCGCUCUGGCAGUGGUGUUUGUUGCGAUUGUUGUGCCGGAAACGAAAGGUAAGUCGUUGAAUGAAAUACAAAGUAUGCUGGCUGGGUGACCCGCUCAUAUAAUAAAUUUAGUCUAAAACAUGCCUGGCAUCUAUGAGAGCAGAAAAACGAUUAU